GUAUAUUAUUUUGGUAUAGAAUCUAUAUAUUUAUUUUAUAGAGUUGAGAAUUAGUUGAAGUUGUGGCAAUUACGGAAGAAAUCAGUUAGCAGUUAUCGAUAAGCAGAUGUACAUUCAUCGCUAGGCCGAUAUUUGCACACUUCCUACCUAUCGGAAAUAUGUACGGCGCGCCGUCGCUUUCGGGUCGUUGCUGCUGUUGUUGUUGCCCGUUGCUUAAAUUCUGUUUAGCUUGAUUUGCAGUGCUAGUGUCCAUAUUCUGUUUCUAUUUUUAUAAAUUGAAAGUGUGUUGAGGGCACCAUGAAUAGCGGCUACAAUGCACCUGUAUUCCAUAUGCCCGCCAUGGCCGUGGAAUCUUUGUGCCAGCAAUCGAUGUAUCAGCAGCACACCUAUGUGGAUCGCACCCGGAUGGCCGUAACCGAUGUAUUUGUGCAGGAGCAUGUCUCGCAGAGCUCCUGGUCGAUGAGCACUCCGCCGGUGCCGGUGCGUGCACCCGUAUUCAUACAAACCGGUCGCGGGCCAUUUAUGGGCGGAAACUCAGCACCACCACAGCCACAUCACCAUCAUCAUCAUCCGGCACCGCCGCCGCCGCCGCAGCAGCCGCCGCAUCCAUCGAUGCACGGACGUUUCACAUACAUGUCCAUGCCGGGCGUACAGUAUUAUGCAACCAGCUCGGCUUCAAUGAAUGCGUACGGCCAAAUGUAUAUGCAACACUCCACGGCAUCGGCCAACGUGGGCGGCAUGUACGUGCCCCACUAUCAUCCGACACAUGCGCGUCCGCAUCAUCAUCAGCACACCAAGGACAAUGGAUGCCAGACGCGCUCGUGUGUCCGGCGCAGCUGCGAUGCGACCACCCAGACGGAUCUUAUUGGCGAUGCGCCGCCCAUAUCCAAAUACAAAUAUCUGGCCAAUUUGAGUGACAGCAGCAAGGAGUCGUCGAACAGUCGCAGCUCGUUUGAGAGCUAUGGCUAUCCGAGCAUUCAGCAGGGCGAGCGUCGCAAUUCGGAGGUCAUAUUGCCCAUACAACGUUUGCAGGACAUAACGCGGAUCUCGCUGAAGGGCAGUGACAUUGCCGAACGUCUGGCCAAUGCGCAUCGCCAGCGUCCGUGCUUCAAGAAGAUGGACACACUGUGCGCCCGGCUCAAGCAGGAUCUGCUGCGGCCGGACGGUGUGCUGCCCAAUAUCAAUUCGCAGGGCAUCGCCUGGGCGGUCAAGGAUUUUAUAUUUGUAUUCACGCGCAUUGUCAACUCGUGGGUCAUACUGAAGGGUUAUGUGUACAAUACGCCCGAUGGCCUCAAUAAGAUCAAGGACGAGCUGCCCGGCGGCUUUAUGGCCGCCUUCGAUAGCUGGCAGAUAAGCACAUUGACGCUCGUCGAGAUGAUAAUCAAGUCGUUUGUCAAUCUGGACGGGAUGCUGCAGAAGCAGAAGAACAGCUUCUGCAAGCUGGACAUUAGCAGCAGCAACAACAACAACAACAACAACAACAACCAUUACAUUAUCAACAACAACAACAACAUCACCAUCAACAACAACAGCAACAACAACAACAACUGGAGCAGCAACGGCAACAGCAGCGAUUCCAACUCCAGCAACAAGACUCUAAAUGGCACCGAUAUAGUCCUGCCUAUGCCGCCGGUUCCUGUCCAUUUGGCUCUGGACAAUGGGCGUGGUCCCGGCGCCUUUAGCACACCCUACAACAGCAUGAAGAGCGACCAUGCGGGCGAGCAGCAUUUGGCCAAUAGCUUCGGUGAGCCGCAGCUGCAGGCGGAACCAACUCCAAUGGAUGGCAGAUCGAAAUCGGAUUUGAAUUAUUUGUACACGAUGAUCCAGGAUUCGGAGGAGGCGCAGCGCUGCGUCAAUGCCAAUGGCACCUAUCUUAAGACCGGCACCUAUACGCCCCUCAAGAAGGACGCCAAUGCAUUGGAUCAUUCAUCGCCGCCGCCGCCGCCGCCGCCGUCAACAGGCCAAAACUUCCCCAAUAUCUGGAAAUGCAGCGCGCACUCGACCAACGGCCGGGCAGCAGGCCAGCCACAGCCGCCGCUCGAGCAGCUCAGGUCGGUGCUGAAGUGCCCAACGCCCAAGCUGAAGACCUCACAGUGUCGCCACAACGAUGGCAAGCCCUACACAACGCCCCUGACCCUUGUGGGUCGCGAGAUGUCGCGCCGACUCUACGAUCUGAGUAACCGCAUCAUGCAACUGCAGAACAUCGAUCGAUUCUUCCAAAAGCAGUUCACACGCAACUAUUAUCCAUAUUUCUUUGAGCGCUGCCAGCACGAGUUCAUUGAUGUGCGCGCCAUUAUACUGAAGUGUGAGAGCGCCACGUAUCAGCAUGUUUAUCAGGCCAUACACGAUAUGAGGCGCAUUAUAUAUUUGGCACGCAACGAUCUGAAGGAUCAUACCAACAUGGACUUGCGUCUUUAUACGGCUCUCUAUGAGCGCUCCAUCAACGAGAUGCUGGCCAAGAAUCCCUAUCAUCCCGAACAGUUUGAGCACAUCACUGGAGAGCCUGGCGAGAAGCUUUUCAACUAGUUAACAAAUUUAAAUACGAUUUAUUUUUUUAUUUUAAACCAAUUCUGAGUCAGUUUCGAGGAAGCUAACAUUAUCCACCCAAAAACAUUGUUAAGCCUAGGCCAAAUUGCAAAUUGGUUUUAGUUUAUUAAUCAGUUUUUUUUUUUUAUUUGUAUUUAAUUGAGCAAGCUAAAAGUUAAGUUAGCUUGCUAAUUGGCAAUACUAAUUUUAGAAUAAUUAAUCAAAGUUUUAACUUUACAUCAGAAAACUUGAGUUCGGAAAGUUUAGAAUGCCUUUAAUAAGUUGCGUGGAUUAUAAUCGUUA